UAUAUAAACAAGGCAGUUUGGCUGCAGGAAGCCAGGCAGCAACAUUGCCUGGCUGUAGGGCUGCUGUGAGCAAACUGGAGGAAAGUUUCAUCAUGAACGCCUGGUGGUGAGAAGCUGCUUUCUUAUAAACCUGAGCGAAUGCCGAACGGGGGCAGUGGCGCUGGGCGUGGACACACAGCAACAUCCAACAGGCAAGACAGCAAGAUCCUUCCAGCUGGUGAGUAGCAUGUAGAGAGACUCUGUGACACUGCGAGGAGCAGAGUGAUGGGGUCCACGACACUGAUCCCCACACCCCACCACUACAGAUGGAGAGGAUUAUAGGAAUAACCCACUAGAAUAGUGACCUGAUGAAAAAUGCUUGUGUUCAAAAGCUUGUCUAACUUAAUCCAGACCAUGAAAAAGGUCCAAUAAAAGAUAUCACCCACAAAAAUCCUUGCUUCUCACUAGAAGAGUGAAAGGAAAAACCCAGCUACACCUCAUGGAGGAAGUAGGAGGAGACAAUCACACAUCUAUCACAGAAUUCCUCCUUCUAGGAUUUGGGACCAUUCCACAGCUACAGAUUUUUCUCUUCCUGCUGUUUCUAGUGAUCUAUAUGUUGACCGUGACUGGGAACAUCCUCAUCAUUGUGCUUGUUGUUGCUGAUCCACAGCUUCAUACCCCCAUGUACUUCUUCCUGGGAAACUUGUCAUACUUGGAGACUUGCUACACCUCCACCGUGCUGCCCAGGAUGCUGGCCAGUCUCCUGACAGGGAACAGAACCAUUUCUGUUAGGGGCUGCAUUACUCAGUUUUAUUUUUUUGCAAGCCUGGCAGGUACAGAGUGUUGUCUCCUAGCUGCAAUGUCUUAUGAUAGGUAUUUAGCAAUUUGUAAACCACUGCUCUAUGCAAUGUUAAUGAAUGGCAGAGUCUGUCUACUGCUAGCAACUGGAUGUUGGCUAGGAGUAUUGCUGUUUUCUACAUUAUUAAUAAGUUUUAUGUCACAAUUAACUUUCUGUGGGCACAAUGAGAUUGACCACUUCUUUUGUGACUUCACUCCAGUGAUACAGCUCUCCUGCAGUGAUACGAGGCUGGUCAUUCUUAUUAGUUUUAUAACUUCCUCCUUGGCUGCCCUUUCCCCAUUUCUCUUAACUCUGGCAUCCUACAUUUGUAUCAUAGAUGCCAUUCUGAGAAUCCCUUCUGGGAGGGGAAGACAAAAGGCAUUUGCUACCUGCUCCUCCCACCUCAUUGUAGUAACCAUUUUUUAUGGGACCAUAUUGAUUGUAUAUUUCUUACCAAAAAACAACAUGCUGAGAUACUUGAACAAAGCAUUUUCUGUUUUCUACACAAUCCUUACACCCCUGAUCAAUCCCCUUAUCUACAGUCUGAGGAACAGAGAAGUGAAAGAGGGCCUGAGAAAAGUUGUCAGCAAAUUUAGGAUCCUGGGAAUUCAAACUACCAGGCUGAUAUGAGGAUAAGUGAAAGAAACAGUAAUUGUGCGGUUUGGGUUUCAAGAGUCUUCUGCACAAGCGUUGUAUCUUUACGUUUGUUAAAGGUGAACCUGGUUGAAAGGCAGUAUAUUCUUGUAAACAGUUAAAACUUUAUCUUUCCUUCCCCUCUUUGAGGUGGAACGUUCUGAACAUGAACCCCCCCCCUCCACCCCACACACACAAUUUCAGGCUCCUCUGUACUUAUGCUAAUAAUAUGUAUUAUUUCUCAUGGGUUUUGUAGAACUAAUAAAAGUUCUUCCAGAGUAAAAGUGACUAGGUUGAUACAACCCUCGAUGUGAGGUGCUUGAUAAUCCUAAGAAGUAUAUUAUCAUCUAUUACCUAUAUCCUGUUGUACUGCACUUGGCUUGGUAUUUUCCAGACAAAUGGGAACAAAUAGUUUCUGCUCCUGAUGAAUGUCAGCCAUCAAGCCUGAACCUUUGUCUCUACCAGCAGCUCUGCCAGAAGCUUCAUCUCCAUCAACAAUUUCUAGAGAGAGGGCAUGUCUCCCUUAUCUCUAAAGGGCAUAUCUCCCUUAUUUCUAGAAAGAGGACAUGUUGCCUUAUCGUGAUGUUAUUGUCCAGUGCUUUAGUACUUCCUGUUGGAAGUACUAAAGCAAGGUGCAGUAACAGCCUUUGCAUGCAUGGUGCAUGGUUAUUUUUAGCAGAUACUUCACCAUAACAGUGUACUAUAAUGGAAGGGGUGAGAGGGGUGGAAAUUGCUAUGGCAGAGUAGCUGCUCAUCAUGUGUAGACACCGAUGGACACUACACUGCUGCAUCAUGAAGGUACCAAAUUGAUAGGCGAUUAGUUGCAGUGCAGUAAUGCAUGUGUAGAGGCAUUACCGUGCAGUAAUGUGGGAGCCUCCAGGCUGGGUCUGCCCAGUCACUAUGGAGCCAGCUGGAGGCUGGCCUUAGGGCUCCUGCCUUACCCCCUCUCCUGGAGCUGCGCUCAGCUGCUUUCUGUCAGCUUCUAGCUGCAGGGUAUAAAAGGCUGAAGCUACUUUGUGCCUUGGGGCACACACCACAGGGAGCUGGCAGGAGCUACUCUCUGUCCACGAGUCAAGCAGGCCCUGUGUGCCCCUCUGGACAGCCUGCAGGCAAUAUUUGCCUGGGCUGUCACCCUCCUGAGCUGGUACCUGGCCAUAAGUGAGCAUUACAAAGGUCUCUUUUUGCUGCAUCCAUUGCGCAGGCCUAUGAUCCUAUUUGGGCUAGUGGCCUUUUUGGCUGUGCUAGAAGAAGCAGCACCUGCUCCCCACUGCUUCUCAACCCCACAUCUGUCUCCUCCAAGGACUAAAGUGAAGCACCUCAACCAUGUGGCUGUGACUCCCUGGCCAAUCCCCUGUUGGGCGUCAUGCUGUCAGCCCUCAAGGGCCAGCAUCACAGGGCCAGUGGCAUGGGGGCCCAGUCAACCAACAAGGGGCAUGACAUCAUCCUCCUCCCCUGUGUCCAGCCCUAGCCCCAUCCACGUGUGCCCACCUAUCUGGAGCCCCAGAGGCCCAAACUGGAUCCAGGAGGAUGUGUGCACCCCUAGGGCACUGUGGGGUGAGGAAGACAUCCUGAGGCAGUUUGUCCAGGGUGGGCACUUGAAUGUCCAUCCUUAUGAGGCCCUGGUGGCUGAGAUGCAUGUAUGGGGCCACCCCCAGUCGUUAUGCAAAUAGCAUAAAUACCAGCUUGAUGUUAGAUAAAUAACAUGGAAAUAGAGUUUUGCCUAUUGCUUUUAAGCUUAUGUAUUUUCCUGAGUUUUGCAUUGCCUUGAGAAUCUCCGUUUUGUAUUGCUCUGUAGUUUGACAUAAGUACUUGACCUUUUCCUCUUUUGUAUGCUGUAUGGGUGAGAGUGUGUUUGUGGAAAAGGAAAACAUCAUCUGGCGACUGGCUGAAGAAUGCAGAGAAAUAAAAGAGCAAACAAGAAGAAUCUGCCCCAGAACAGCGAGAGAACACCGACAAUCCACCUUCAAGAAAGAACACAGUGAUAACCUAGCAAAAGCCCAGAGGACUGGAUGAAUGGACAAGGCUAUAAAAGAUGGGGCAAGACAUAUCAAUUUUAGGUCUUGUUCUGCAUGUCAUCCUGGAGCAUCGGUUCAUUGGAUGAGAUGGACUGGCAGGAGCCCUGCUCCCACUCGGAUCAACUUGGCUGGCCAUUAAUUUGAUCCAAGCACCGAUAAAACUGGUAACGUAUAGCAGUGCAGGACAGAAACUGGGGUAUGAACUUGGUAUGUGUGUGUAUUAAGUGCUUAACCAAUAAACGCAGCACUUUGCCUUAUCCCCCGCAAAA